AUGGGUAAACAGGAAGGAGAAGAAGAAUUCGAAGGAGGUGUUAACAGUAAACGGGGAGUAAUGUCGAUUGCGGCGCCUGGCCAGCUCAACCUGACCGAGAUGGCUACAUGGGGAUCCCGAACUGUUGAUAAGUUCGAGAAGUUGGAACAGAUUGGGGAAGGCACUUAUGGGUGCGUUUCCUUUCCUCUUGUUUCUUCGAAGAAAAUCUUUACCUGCAAUUGUGAUGGGAGCAAAGGGAAAUGGAGCAAUCUAUUUUUGAGUCAAGUUUACAUGGCUCGUGAAAUAGCAACUGGAGAAAUAGUUGCUCUGAAGAAGAUAAGAAUGGACAAUGAGAGAGAAGGGUUUCCUAUAACUGCCAUUCGUGAAAUCAAAAUUCUAAAGAAGCUCCACCAUGACAACGUAAUUAAGUUGAAAGAGAUUGUAACAUCUCCUGGUAAUGUCUCAAUUUUGAAAGGGGUCCUGAGAAGGAUGAUCAAGGAAGACCUGGCAAAUGGUAACAAGUACAGAGGUGGUAUCUACAUGGUCUUUGAAUACAUGGAUCAUGAUUUAACUGGUCUUGCCGAUCGUCCCGGAAUGAGAUUUUCAGUUCCUCAAAUUAAGUGCUACAUGAGGCAGCUCUUAACUGGGCUUCACUAUUGCCAUGUUAAUCAAGUACUUCAUCGUGAUAUCAAAGGUUCUAAUCUUCUCAUAGACAAUGAGGGGAACCUUAAGCUUGCUGAUUUUGGGCUUGCUAGGUCAUUUUCGAAUGAUCAUAAUGCAAAUCUUACAAACCGUGUUAUUACUUUAUGGUACAGACCUCCAGAGUUGCUUCUUGGGGCAACAAAGUAUGGUCCAGCUGUUGAUAUGUGGUCUGUUGGCUGUAUCUUUGCUGAGCUUCUCCAUGGGAAGCCUAUCUUCCCUGGGAAAGAUGAGCCUGAACAACUAAACAAGAUUUUUGAGCUUUGUGGAUCACCCGAUGAGGUUAACUGGCCUGGUGUGUCUAAGAUUCCUUGGUAUAACAACUUCAAGCCUGCAAGGCCAAUCAAGAGACGCCUGAGGGAAGCUUUCAGACACUUUAAUGGCCAUGCUUUGGAGUUGCUGGACAAAAUGCUAACUCUUGAUCCUUCUCAGAGAAUAUCAGCCAAGGACGCUCUUGAUGGCGAGUAUUUCUGGACUGACCCAUUGCCUUGUGAUCCAAAGACUUUGCCCAAAUACGAGUCGUCGCAUGAGUUUCAAACGAAGAAAAAGCGGCAGCAGCAAAGACAACAUGAAGAGAACGCCAAGCGUCAGAAGCUACAACAUCCACAACCACAUAGCCGCCUUCCUCCCAUUCAGCAAUCUGGGCAGGGUCACGGACCAAUGAGAUCGGGCCCUAAUCAACAACCUGUCCAUGGCUCUCAGCCUCCAGUUCCUGCUGGAGCAGGUCACCAUUAUGGUAAGCCUCGGGGACCUGCAGGUGGGCCAGGCAGGUAUCCUCAGAGUGGAGCUGCUGGUGGUGGAUACAACCACCCGAAUCGCGGUGGCGGUCAAGGAGGUGGUGCGGGAGGUUAUGGUAGCGGGGCAUAUCCUCCACAAGGCCGUGGCCCUCCUCCAUAUGGCUCGAGCAGCCAGGUGCCUGGUGGCGCUCCACGUGGCAGUGGAGGUAGUGGCUUUGCAGUUGGCGCACCAAAUUACCCUCAAGGUGGUGGUGGUGGUGGAUCUUACGGGGGCUCUGGCACUGGCCGUGGUUCAAAUGUGAAUCGCAAUCAGCAGUAUUGGCAGUAGGCAUGCCUUAAUGCCUGUGUAAUGCAACAAGUGAAGGUGUGAAACUUACGUUUUAGUUCAGUGAUUAAAGGACAAGGCCCAACGAGAAGCAGGGAUUAAUCAAUGCCGGAACUUGAUGGAGCGAGGUAAAAUGGGCGGGUGCUGGUUGAGCUAAUCUGUACAAGAACCAUCUGUUUUUUGGCGGGAGGGAACAAUUAUCAUCAUGAAGUUGGUACUAACUUAUGGUGGAGGGGUUGAGUAUGCAGUAUUUACCUUUUGUGAUCCGUGGGGUGGAAUGGUACGAGUACCGCCCCGCCCAUAUGCUUGUAGCUGCUCAGAACUGAAAUUGUCACUCUUGUAAUGCUCUUUGUUGUUUACUUCUGUAAUUGUUAUUGUUUGUCGGGCAAUGAAAUGAUUGGCUUCUGGGUUUGUUCGAGUUCUCCAUGAUAACAUAGAAUAUGCAAAACGAUGAUCAAGGCACAAGAGCAUUUGGCUCUAGUUAUAUCAUCCCAUUCAUUACUCAAA